GACGGCAGUUCGGCCACGUCCCUGGCCACGUCGCGCCCGCUCUCGCCAUCUUCGCCGCUUCCUCUCGGGGGCCGCCGCUGCCGCUUGAGCUGCCGAGCCCCAGGGCUGCCGCGCCGCGCCGACCGCUGCCACCAUGAAUAUCUUCCGGCUGACCGGGGACCUGUCCCACCUGGCGGCCAUCGUCAUCCUGCUGCUGAAGAUCUGGAAGACGCGCUCCUGCGCCGGUAUUUCUGGGAAAAGCCAGCUUCUGUUUGCACUGGUCUUUACAACUCGUUACCUGGAUCUUUUUACUUCAUUUAUUUCAUUAUAUAAUACAUCUAUGAAGCUUAUCUAUAUUGCCUGCUCUUAUGCCACGGUGUACCUGAUCUACAUGAAAUUUAAGGCAACCUAUGAUGGAAAUCAUGAUACCUUCCGAGUGGAGUUUCUGGUGGUCCCUGUGGGAGGACUCUCAUUUCUGGUCAAUCACGAUUUCUCUCCUUUAGAGAUUUUAUGGACCUUCUCCAUCUACCUUGAAUCAGUGGCCAUCCUUCCACAGCUCUUUAUGAUCAGCAAGACUGGGGAGGCUGAGACCAUCACUACCCACUACCUGUUCUUCCUGGGCCUCUACCGUGCUUUGUAUCUUGUCAAUUGGAUCUGGCGCUUCUAUUUUGAGGGCUUCUUUGACCUUAUUGCUGUAGUGGCUGGUGUAGUCCAGACCAUUCUAUACUGCGACUUCUUCUACUUGUACAUCACAAAAGUACUCAAGGGAAAGAAGCUCAGUUUGCCAGCGUAAGUGCCAAAGACCAUCAGCAGCCUCUGUCCUUCAGGGUGCGUGGACAGAAUUCUUAACCACAGCAAAGGCAUGAGAUGCUUGAUGCGGAAAAUCAGAAACUUAACUCUUUUGUUGCAGACAGUCAUCAGUGGCUCUGUAAGAAAGCAGAGGAAAAGAACCAGAAGGUUUCUGUUUAAUGCAUCUUGCCUUAUCUUUUUUUAUUACUAUGUACAAAGAUUUUUUUACACAAAGAAACUUAAUGCUGUAUUAAUAAAUUCAGUGUGUAGUUUAAUUGGGAUAGUUCCAAAAGUGAUGAUUUUUUGUGAGGAAUAAGUGCAAACUUUUUUAUUUUUAAAAAUUCUUGGAAAUUGUUGAUUGUGUCUGCAAUGAAAUCGUACUCCUUGGCAGUUGGUAGAUUAUCUAUUCUAACAUCUAUCAAACUUGCAUUCCACUAUAUUUAUUUUUUGCCAAAAAGAUGAGUUAUUUUUGUUUGAAAUCUGAGACACUAUGUUGAAUUUUGUUUAUCUGUCCAAAUUUAUUUCUGCCAGCCGUGGAAAUCCUUCUGUGGACAUCACAACACUACAUUUAAGGUUAGUGAUGGUGACUUGCAAGUCUUUCAGAACCAAAUUUUAAAGUUCUGAAUGUAGAUGGGGUGUCAACUAAGAGUCACCAAAGGUGCCUGCCCUCCUCCCCUAAGACUGUUAGUCUCAGUUUGGGACUAUCCCAAGAGAACCGAAGAAUUAAUGGGCAGGGGCUCUGGACUGCUUGCCCUCCCGGUGUGUGAUGGGAGGGACUGUAAUGAUUACUUUAGAUAUGAGACUCUAUUCCUCUGAGGAACAGAACACAAUUUGUUAUCUCUCAGCAGUUCCCAAAAGAUUGCCACAACCAUGUCCUUGCUCAGAUUCAAACGGUUUUUCCUAUCACUCUUGGGUGGUAAAGUGAUUUACAAUUUUUUUAAAUUGACAAUACCAAUUACCAUUCCUUAUAUUCUUUUUUUUUUUUUUAACUGAGCUCUUGCAUGACUUAUGUUAUCCCAAAUAAACAUUUUAUUAAAUACAGAAUAAAUUUGUCUUUUUUAUGAAUUAGGCUUUUGAACAUCCUAUAUUGGGAUGAUUUGUUUUUAAUUUGGCAGCAAACAUUUCACUUAACAAUCUUAAAUCUUUCUGUAUUUUGUGGAGAAACUAGAAUUUUUCUUUCUGAUUUUGCCAUUAUAUUGACUUUUUAUUGAUUUAUGCAAAAGUAUAUGACUUUGUUUUUAUAUGAUGCCCCAUCAGUAUGAAAGUGUUGAAUACUAACAGUGCUUACCACAAGGAGGAUGUAGUAUUUUGCUUCCUGCAUUAAAAUGUCUUGUGGAGGAAGGGA